AAGAAGAAGAAUCCAACGAGCCAUCUACCAGAGCAGAGACACAACAGCCAGACAUCACAACGCCUUACUCUCCAUCCGACCAGGCAUCUAUCUAGACACACGCGCUUCAUCAGAGGAAACAACCAAACCCCCCUUCCGCAACAUGACUCCCAACGCGCGCGACGCGGACGCGUCUUCCAGUACUGACGCGACCUCGACCACCUCCCAGCAGUCCCCGAGCUCGACCACAGCGCAACGCAUCCUUAAACGCGCCGAGGUCUCUCGCAUAACGCGUCUCCUGAAACACCGCCUUGAGAUCGCACAAUAUAAAGUCGAACGCAAGUGGCAGCAUUUCAGCUUGAAAUCCGUCGCGCCGCAGCUUGAGCAGGAAGUCUUGCUCGCGUCGCAGAGUAGACAGCAGCAACAGCAAAAUCAGGCCUUGACAAAUGGGAAUGGCUUAUCGAUGAGCGAGUCGAGUGUGACGCCUCCGCCCUCCUCGAUGGGCGCUGCAACGGCGCAUGAGUCCUUCUCAGGCGCGUCAGGUCGUUCAGGACCACCCGCCGCUUCUCCGCCACGUUCAGCAGACGAUCCAUUCUUGAUUCCCGACUUGCCUAUUCGCUCGAGAUUCCAAGAAUCGAGUGUACGCAACGGGGAUGCAAAUGGGCCUGCGCUGUAUGCGCACAGCUAUGCUCCCUCUCAGCAAAACACGACCGCCGGCUUUCAAGUCUCUCCUCGCAAACGGCCAAGAGCGCCCAGUGAUGAAGAGGGCGAGUCGGAUGCAAGCCACAUGUCGCCGCUCAAAUAUCGUGCUGCAACGCCUUCGAUGCAACGGCGUAGCAGUCAUGGUCAUAGUGGGAGCGAGGGACCCCAUCCACCACGCACGCCGCCGCCCUCUACGCCACCACCGUUGUAUCGCACUGCCCUUGCGAGUUCUUCACGGACGGCAGGGAAAUCGCAGCGGCAGGGUCAACCCAACAAUGCAGCAUCCUUUAAGGAUUCAGAGGAAGGCGCUGAUUUACUCCUCUACCUCGCCACCUCCCCCUCACCAGCAAAAGCGCGUCGGUCGCGAGACUUCCUACCACAACCUUCUCCAAGAAGCAGUGGCAGUCAUGCACAUCAUGGACAGACAAUGUAUCCCGGUGGUCCAUUUUCGUCACCACCACCCGUCAUGCGUGGUUCAUCACAAGUCAAUACCCCUGUAGGCGGUGGCUUCAAUCUAUCAGAAUUCCUCAAUUUCACACCAUCCCCCGCACAAGCUGCAGCAGCGCAUCAUCCGGGAUUGCAUCUUCAAACGGCAAGUGGACAAACAAUCUCAGGUCGUCUUGCAGCAGCUGCUGCAGCAAGCGCUGGAUCAUCAUCAGCGAACCGGUAUGGACACGUUGGUGAUGUCAAGGUUUCACCCAUCAAGUUGACCUAUGACGCAGCCACGCGUGCGUCACCGUCGAGAAAUGCAACGGCUGCACGGUUAUAUGGGUCAAGUAGGGAGGAGGUUGCAUCGUCGGGCUAUCUUGAAGCGGCAUUAGGAUCACCUUCACGGAGAACAGGCGCCACUACGUCCGGUACUGGUGUGAGUCAUCGUGGUUCGACGACGACCAUGGCACGUCCUGCGAGAUUGGAUUUCGUGUAAAUGGGUUUUGAGAAGUGUGAUAUCUUUUUUAUGGCUUGUUUAGAGGUAAGUGGGCCUCUGUAUGUCCAUGUUAUGUAUGUUGUUUUAUGUAAAGAUCUAGAUUGCUACCUUUCAAGGCAUCAGGCUUGUCAUCGUCCAGGCACGUCACUUGGGC